UACUGGUCAGGGAGCCGCCAACCCCAGGAAGCAGAACCCGGCUCAGCCGUUCAUCUCGGCUCCGGUGUCCGGUCCGACCACCCGUCGCCUUCGGCCGCCGCGCCGGUCACCCAGACCGUCGGGCGCCUCCUCUCGCACCGCGCACCAUAUAGCCUCCGCUCUCCCUCUCCGUCGACCGCCGACCGCCCGUCUCGUCUCGAGCAGAAAAGAGACCGCCGACCACCCAGCGGGCCAGCAUCCGGACGACGAGCCGCCGCGAUGGGCGUCCCGUCAAUCGACUGGGAGGCGGAGAGCCACCCCGCCUACGCCGACUUCGCGGCCCUCCCCUUAUUCGCCACCUUCUUCCUCGCCGCCCGCUUCCUCCUCGACCGCUUCGCAUUCGAGAGGCUAGCAAGGCGUCUGAUUUUUGGGAAGUGGGAUGCGAGGCUUGGCUCCGAGACAGAUGCAGAGAGGAUGAAGAUCAGAAAGUUUAAGGAAUCCGCCUGGAAAGGCGUUUAUUUCCUUUCCGCGGAAUUUCUGGCAUUAGCUGUGACGUACAACGAGCCAUGGUUCACCAACACAAUGAAUUUCUGGGUUGGACCAGGAGACCAGAUUUGGCCAGAUCAAACAAUGAAGUUUAAACUAAAGGGGUUUUACAUGUAUGCUGCUGGUUUUUACAUGUACUCAAUAAUUGCCCUUCUCUUUUGGGAAACAAGGCGUUCAGACUUUGGCCUUUCAAUGACUCAUCACAUAGCAUCUGUAUUUCUCAUUGUAAUGUCGUACAUAUUCAGGUUUGCACGAGUGGGUUCAGUUGUGCUUGCCGUUCAUGAUGCAAGUGAUGUGUUCCUGGAGGUUGGAAAAAUUUCUAAGUACAGUGGACGCCAGUUGCUUGCUGAUGUAUCAUUUCUUCUUUUCGUCAUUUCUUGGGUGAUCCUUCGCCUGAUAUAUUUUCCAUUCUGGAUUCUCUGGAGCACUAGCUAUGAAAUUGUUCAUAUUUUGAACAAGGAGAGACAUAAAUUUUAUGGGCCGAUAUACUACUAUGUGUUCAACUGUCUUCUGUUCUCCCUCCUUGUUCUACACAUAUAUUGGUUUGUCUUAAUGAAGCGAAUGCUCGUGAAGCAAAUUCAGUCUAAAGGGCAUGUUGGGGAUGACAUUAGAUCUGAUUCGGAAUCUGACGAGGAACAUGAUGAUUGAUUAUUUUCAAGAACAUAACACGAGGAUUGAUUGAACCGUGUAGAUUCUGGAGGUCAAGAGGAGCAUGAUGAUUAGUUGAUCUGUUUCUGUAUUAACCGUUUCAUCAUUGCAUAUAAAGCUGAUAUAUUACCAUGCUGUGCCAUGUCCCUGAAUCAUUGUUCUGUUCUGCUAGUCCUUCUCUGUGAAUUUCCCAAAUAGAUGUCACGCGAGCAUUUUACAUUUAUGCAUACUUAGGUCAAACUGAAUAGUAUCACACAGAUACAAUACUUCAUGGAAAGUAUGAGCUGUGUAUA